CAAGUCUGGACCCCUCUGCCCUUUAAUCGUCACGAUCUUUUCUUACGACUUCACGCCAUCGACGAUAUUGACCCUCUCCCUCGUUCCUCUCUUCGCUGUUAUCUGAUAUCCGCUUCUCCCCUUUGCCCUUCGACUAGCUCCAUCGCCAAGCAAGACCAACGAGGCGUGUUCUUUACGGUGACGCGACGCUCAGUGUUCCACCUUUUUACGCGACGCCAUUUUAUUCCCCCCUGUUGCGAGACGGGUCCCAUCAGAUAGAUUGAUCGAAGGCGCGAGGGUGAGCGUUAAGAAGAGAGGAUCCCCCAGCGAGCGGCCGUGCCUCCUCUCCUCUUGACCCACUCCUCGUCUCAUCAUGGCAUGCCCUUUCGCUCGUCUGGCCAAGCUCACGGGUGCCGCCAAGGGCUUCCACGGCCACCACGGCGAACUCCACCACAAUCAGCGCGAUGGGGCCGGCCUUGCAAACGCGCCGCUCUCCCUUCAAUUCAAGCAAGGAACGGCGGCGGCGCACCGAGCAGUCGAACGCUCCGCGGGCGUACGCGCUUUGAUGGGCUUCGGCUCCGACAACAAGGCCGCCGUCUUUGAUCGCAUCGACCAUCUCCGCUGGCUCAUCAUGCUCGGCUGCGUCUAUGCUGCGCUGGAAUCGUCGUGCGCGAGGUCGGAUAAUGCCAUUUCCCACCUCUUGCCACACCUCGUCAGGCUGCCGAGCCUGCUCGAAGAUACACAGGUCCACCUGGACGAGGCACUGGGCCAAGAGGCAUCCUCCACCGUCGACGACCUCGUGGCAGAGGCGGGACAGGCGGACCUCGACGACGAGGCGGAGUCGCGCCGCCGACUCGAGCUGUUUAGACUUGUCGACGAAGCGCAGAGCACAGUGUUGGAGUGCUACCACGAUGACGUCAAGACGCCUUUGCGGCUCCGUCGAGCUCAUCUCGACCUCCUCACGGCGCGCCAAGUCUCUGCGACAUCGACCUACGUCGCCCACCUCCUCUCGCUUCCCUCUCCUCCUCCUCCCUCCUCAGGCACCUCCACGCCCUCUUCUGCCUCCGACGAGGGCCUCUCUUUUACCCCUCCACCCUCCAUCUCGCUGCAUGACGAUGGAGCUGCAUACUUUCCCGACAGCUUGUCGUCAGACGACGAUUGCCAGAUCCCCCUGGUCGUGUCGCACGCAUAUGUACGCUACCUGGGCGACCUCUCUGGCGGGCAGCACAUUGCCAAACGCCUCCGGAAGCUCUUUCCCGUGCACCAUGCCCCCUCGGCCGGGUUCGCAUUCUACGACUUUGUUGCGACAAAGAGCGCAGCAGAGCUCAAGGACGACUUCAGACACUCGAUCGAUCGGCCCGACCUCCAUCUGAGCGCGCGGCACUUGGACAACCUUGUCGCCGAGGCCAGCCGCGGCUUCGACUUCAACACGACCCUCUUUGAUUCUCUUGUCGAUGUCGAGCCCAGUCAACCCGUCGUCGUCGUCACAACCACUGGUACCCACGACGCACCGGUGAAAAUGUCUGCUCUGCCUUUCCUCAACACGAUGCACGCUUCAUUGCUCGUCCUCGUCGUCGCCCUCGGCCUCGUCGCCCUGUCUCAACAGCACCUUUCUGCUUAGUUUGCAUCGUCUCUCUUUGCAACCCUUGCCAUUUAUCUUGCUUUACUAGAGCAUGCUUGUAUUCUAUAUACCAACCAAGUUUACACGGAAGAACAUCACAUUU